UGUACUAGGUACCAUUUUCUCGAACGUCCUCUAAAUGUGAGUUCCUUUAUCGCUAAUAGAUUGUUUUAAACAAGAGAAGUACAAUUCAAUUACACACUGGGGCGGAUAUAAUUAGUUUCAUCUGGAGAUAGUUCAACGUACAAACAGUUGUAUUGAAGCCGCACACAAGGGCUUUGGAACGAUAUUUGUACAAGGAUUUGAAGUCAAUCCGAUUAGUGUGAGAGGCUUUUCUUCUCCCUUUAUAGGUUGAUGAAGUGGGUAACGUCAUAGUACUGACAGUUUUGCAGUUACUCCUGUGAUUCCAAUGCUUCUCGAUCAGACCCAAUUGAACGAAAAUAAAUAACAAGAUUACCUUGAUUAAGAAAUAAGGCUUACGAUCAGCUCUUAUGUCGCUUUCAGCAAUGGUGAGCCGUCAAGGAUUCCAAGAAGCGGAGAUUCGCCAAGCGCCUAUUCUUAAAGUUGGGGAGAUCUUGGUGGUGUUAUAAAUUAGCGACGAUAACAUUCCUUUUUACUGGAGAUAUUGUUCAGUAAAACGGAAUUCAAGUGGAAAAUGAAGAAACAUCGCCAACAAUUUAAUAACAGCGUUAUCUUCUAAUGCAUUUCCUUUGAUGAGAAAACUCGUGGUUCUAAACCAAUACACAAGUGAGAUAGUUCAGAAGAUCUCGAGCAACUAUAAUGAAGAGUAACAUAUGGUUUUGUUUCAAAUUUGGUGGAAGUGAUGAAAAAUCUUGGCCACAAGGACUUGCAAUUGUCAUAAGUAGUCUGGCAGCAUUCAACUGCGGGCUGCAGCUAUCCUGGUCAUCACCAUUCCUUUCCAAAAUCAGCAAAGAUCCGAGAUAUGGGAUUUCAGAAGAAGAGGCUUCCUAUUUCAGCGUUAUCGAACCGGCAACUAUGACGAUCACUUGCACGUUGUUUUCUAUUCUUAGUGACACCAUCGGAAGAAAGAAAACUCUUUUGAUAGUAGCCAUUCCCCAACUCUUGUCGUGGAUUCUAAUUGCUACUGCAGAAAGUGUUUAUCUGUUCUACGCUUCUAGAAUGUUCGCUGGAAUAGCAGACGGAGGAAUGUUCAUUACUCUCCCUGUGUAUAUCGGGGAAGUAUCCAGUCCGAAAGUGAGAGGGACUUGGGGCAACAGCUUGUUAAUGGGGCUACUAUUAGGAGAGUUCUCCAUUAUCUUGAUGGGAAAAUACAUGGGAGUUCAGGAAACCGCAUUCGUUGGCAUAGUUCUGGUAUUGGUUUUUCUCAUACUAUUUUCUCUAAUGCCGGAGUCUCCUUACUUAUGUUUAAUGAGAAAAAGAGAUGAUGAUGCAAAGCAAGCUCUUUGCUUUCUCAAAUGUAAACGAGAUGUUGAAACGGACUUUUCAUCUCUCAAGUCAGAUGUUCAACGACAGAUGGAAGAACAAGGGGCCUGGAAAAACCUCUUCAUGAUAGCCAGUAACAGAAAAGCGUUAAUAGCGGGGAUAUUUUUGAGAGUCUCUCAACCACUAGGAGGAACAUUGACAUUUGUCAUGAAUCCUGAAUUCAUAUUCGAAAAGGCAGGCGUAAAUGUCAAUUCAAGUUUAGCUUCCGUGAUAUUCCUGGCCAUAAGUUGUUUUGUGAACUUUCUAGUUGUUUUAUUUUCAAUCGAAAAAUUCUCGAGGAAAACGAUAUACACUAUAUCUUCUUUGUUUUCGGGGAUUGUGUUGGUGUUGUUAGCGAUAUAUUUUUUCAUUACUGAAUACAUCAAAGAGUGGAAUAUAUCUUUACCUUGGAUUCCUAUUGCUGGUUUGGCAAUUUACGAAGUGGUGUGUUCUUUAGGAAUGAUGGUAAUACCAACUCUGAUGCUCGGUGAACUAUUCUCCGCCAGUAUCAAGUCAAAAGGUAUGACAGUUCUGAUCGUAGCGUUCGGUCUGGGGGUUUUUCUGGCUAAUUAUAUAUUAUUUGCAUUGACUCGGCUGGUUGGAAUAUUUGGUCCAUUCUUAUUUUAUGGUACUUGUUGUAUAUUCACUUCUGUUUUUUCUUUUCAACUCAUACCUGAAACAAAGGGAAAAACCCUAGAAGAAAUACAGCAAUCUCUGAAAGGAAAGACGAUACAAAAAUAAAAAUUUCAAAUCUGCGGGUGUUUAGGAAUGGUUGGGAAUAUUUACGAUUUCAUUUUUUGAAACUUUAAUUGCUCACUCCUGGUGUUGUUAUUGAAUUGAAGAUACAUUAUUUGCUUUUCUCACAAUGAGAUGGAUUCUAAUGUAACGGAUAUAAUAGAGAAUUUUAAAGCAAUCUUGGGGCCACUUCUUGAAGCGAAUCAACUUCCUUAAACCAUUACAUCCACAUUAUUUUUGUCCUAUAUACAGCAUGACGAGUAUACUUUUGUUAUGUAAUUAUUUAUGAUAUUCUCUGGGGUAUCAUAUUUUUGUAUAAGCGUUUCAUUUUCUGCCUUAGUGAAUGUCAUUACUGUGAAAAUAAAUAAUCAUUGUUUCAAUAU